AUGACCGUCGGCUUUCUCGGGCCGUGUGGUUUGAAUCUACCGCAUACACAUCCACGUGCAACAGAAAUUAAUUUCUCCGUCGAUGGCACAUUGAGAGCUGGCUUUUUCCAAGAGAAUGGUGCCACAUUUAUUAUGACUGAACUUAAGCCAAAUCAAGCAACGGUCUUUCCCCAAGGUGCCAUUCAUUUUGAACAAAACAUAGGCUGUAAGCCUGCAAAAUUUGUUGCUGCAUUUAAUCAUGAAGAUCCAGGUGUAUUAACAAUCGCAAAUUCAUUUAUUGGACAAUUACCAGCCGAUAUUGUUCAAGCAUCAUUGGGAGGCGAGCUCUCAGCUGAAGAAUUUGAACAACUAAAAAGUGCGAUACCAGCUAAUGUGGCAUUGGGAGUAGAAGAAUGUCUGAUAAGAUGUGGAUUGAAAAAAAAGCCAGAGCCAAAGAAAUAUGAUGCCGAUGAUGCCGAAUACAGAAAAUAG